AUGUCCUCCGCAACGACGCAGCACGACCUCGAGAAGCAGGCCGCGAUCGCCGAGGUCCUCCAUGCGGACGCGGGUACCGAGACCCCGAGCGGCGCGUCCAGCGGCACCGUUUCGCCUUCGGGUACCAGUCUGCAGGACAAGGACGAGGACGAUCUCAAGGAUAAGGUGGACGAGACCGAGGGCAUCGUGACCCAGCUCGAGUCCUACCCCGUCCCGCCCAAGAAGGGCAACAAGAUCACUCGUUUCCUGUGGCACAACUUCUUCUCGACCUACCGGAAGAUCUUCACCGUCGUGUUCUUUGCGAACAUCACGGCGCUGAUCGUCUUCACCGUGAGGAACAAGGGCCUGCCCAAGGCACCCGAGGUCGGCUCCGCCGCUUCCGCCAACCUCAUGGUCACCAUCCUCUUCCGCCAGGAGAACUUUGUCAACAUCGUCUACGAGAUCCUCUGCGCGUGCCCCCACUCCGCGCCGCUCUGGCUCCGCAAGCGCCUCGCCAAGGCCUUCCACUACGGCGGCGCCCACAGCGGCGCCGGCGUCGCCGCCGUCUUCUGGUACAUCCUCUACACCGUCAUCGCCACCCGCGACUUCACGCGGAUGAAGAACACGGCGUCGACGGUCAACGUCGCCACUUCCUACGUCCUCCUCGCCCUCUUCUGCUUCAUCCUCGGCGGUGCGCACCCGUACUUCCGCCGGACCUACCACGACUACUUCGAGGCCAUGCACAGGUACUCGGGCUGGUGCGCGCUCCUCACCUUCUGGACGCACACCAUCUUCGCCGGGCUCGAGUACCGCAAGCUGGAGCCGAACCCGCCCUCGCUCGGGACGUACCUCAUCACGUCGUCCAACUUUUGGACGUUCGUCAUCUCCUCCAGCGCGACGCUCCUGUCGUGGGGCCGUCUUCGCCAGCGCGACGUGUACCCGGAGAUCCUGUCGGACCACGUCAUCCGGCUGCACUUCAAGUACAAGAAGAUGCCGCCCUUCUACGGGCUGAAGGUCUCCACCCGGCCGCUCGUCGAGUGGCACGCGUUCGCGACCGUGCCGGACGAGGAAGGCUUCUCGGUCGUCGUCUCGAACGCCGGGGACUGGACGAAGGGGGCGAUCAUGAACCCGCCGAAGAAGCUGUGGGUGCGCGGGUACCCGCUCCACGGCCUGCUCUACACGUCCAAGCUGUUCAAGCAGAUCGUCGUCGUCGCGACGGGGUCCGGGAUCGGGCCGAUCCUGUCGCUGCUGUACGCGGACAUCACGCCGCGCCGCGUGCUGUGGUCGACGCCCAACCCGGAGACGACGUUCGGGGACAAGAUCGUCGCGGCGGUGAACAAGGCGGACCCGAACGCGGUGAUCUGGAACACGCGCUCGCAGGGGAGGCCGGACAUGGUGCAGCUGACGUGGCAGCUCGUGCGGGAGUGCAAUGCCGAGGCGGUGUUCAUCAUCUCGAACCCGAAGAUCACGAAGAAGGUGGUGUACGCGAUGCAGACGAGGGGCGUCGCCGCCUACGGCGCCAUCUUCGACUCGUAA